UUCACAGCCACCGUGAAUCACGGAUUCACGAGGAAACCACCGAGUUCACCAUCCGAGUUACCGCUUCCGUGCAACUCGGUAUCAACAUUACCGUCUAACGGAGUAUGCAACUCGUCAGAACCACCAGAUAAGUUCAAUAAGGCAAUGUGAGUGAAACCCAAUAACCACGACUCUGAACACGUUAUUUGUCAGGAUUGGCUUUUGUGUAUUAUGCUACCUUUAAUCUAUCAAGAAUGGAUGUAGAUCAGAAUGGAGAAGUGAAAACUAUACAAUGCUGUCCCAAAUCAUUUAAUUUUAAAAUACAUUAGAUGCAGAUUUAUCUGUGGUUUCAAACUUUCCUGCUGAUUUACCUGCGUAUUUAAUUGUUGAUAUUUUCUCCGGGUUUACCUGCAGAAUUUCCAUAUAAUCUGUCAGGAAAAUCCGCAAGAAGUAUGUUGCACAUUUUCAAAGAAGUUUCCACAUUAUCUUUAUUAUUAUAUAUGACCCGCCAUUACAAAUUUGCUAUUAUUCACUUAUACUAUUUUCGUCCAUGAUAAAAUAAAAACUUAACUCACCUUUUUUUAUUUUAACUUUCUAUUCAUAUUAUUUUGUUCUACCAAUCACAAUUCUUGUAAUGUGUGGGUACGCGUGCGAGGCAAAGACUUAUGUCCCAGGAACUACUUUUCAAUAAAAACUGGUUUAUGCUUGUGGAAAGGAGAAAACAGAUUGUCCAUAUUAUGAUAUUAAUAAAUAUAAUAAUUCCAGUAGUUGCUUACCCCAAGAGAAAACUAAUAAAUUAAGUUAGACAGUGGGAGCAGCGUCAGUGGUAGAAAAGUUUCCACAUGACUCUAUUUUAAAACAUAUCUUGCAUUUCACCUACUUCAAUCAGUUUUGAAUAUUCAACUUAUCAAGAGAUUCACUUCAAUUUAAUUUGUACUCAUUUCAAAAGUUGCAGUUUCUCUUUAACAAUUGGUUGGUUAAAGAUCAUUUUGUUUCCGCAAGCUGUUUGAAGUCAUUUUAUAUUAGUCUUCUAAGAGUUUAUUUGCCAGUGUUCAGAUUAAUGUCUUAAUAUCAUCCAAAUGUUUCCUUUGUUGCUUUUGCACUCAUCCAAAAAUAGCAUCUUUUACUUUCAGUUUCUGUGCGACUCAAGUCACAAGGAGAGGAGAAGAAAAGAGAAUCAAUGGAAAUUCUAACUUCUGUUGUUGGAAUAGUAGCAGAUUAUACUGUUGUUCCUAUUGGACGUCAAGCAAGUUACUUGAUAUUCUACAAAGCUAAUUUCAAUAUGUUAGCAGAUCAUGUUAAAGAUCUGGAGGCUGCAAGCGAAAGAAUGAUCCAUUUGGUUGAACAAGAAAAAAGAAAUGGUAAAGAAAUUGAAAGACAAGUGCUGAACUGGUUUGAGAUAGUGAACGAGGUCAUUGAAAAGGCAAACCAGCUUCAAAAAGACCCCCGUCGUGCCACUGUUAGGUGCUCAGCAUGGCCGUUCCCUAAUUUGCUUUUGCGUCAUCAACUAAGUAGGAAAGCCACAAAACUUGCAAAAGAUGUUGUUCAAGUUCAAGGAAAAGGGAUUUUUGAUCGAGUUGGUUACCUUCCCGCUCUAGAUGGAGUAGCCUCCUCCAGCUCAACAAGAGGUGAUGAAAAAUAUGAGACAAGGGAGUCACUUAAGCAAGAGAUUAUGAAGGCUUUAACAGACAAUAAUUUACGCAACAUUGGGGUGUAUGGGUUGGGUGGGGUGGGUAAGACCACUCUGUUGGAGGAAAUUUCUGAAAUAGCAAAGCAACAAAAAUUGUUCGAUGAAGUGGUUACAACACAUGUAUCCAAAAAUCCAGACAUGAAAACAAUCCAAGGGGAGAUUGCAGAUCUGUUAGGCUUGCGAUUCGAUGAGGAGACUAUUCUUGGCAGAGCUCAUCGCCUAAGACAGAGAAUCAAGAUGGAGAAAAAUAUCCUUGUCAUUCUAGAUGAUAUAUGGACCAGAAUUGAUUUGAAGAAAGUGGGAAUUCCAUUUGGUAAUGAGCAUAAUGGUUGCAAAUUGUUGAUGACAAGUAGAAAUCAAGAUGUUUUGGUGCAAAUGGAUGUCCCAAAGAAUUUCACUUUCAGACUUGAACUUAUGAGUGAUGAAGAGACAUGGAGCUUGUUUCAAUUUAUGGCUGGUGAUGUGGUUAACAACAGGGAUUUGAAAGAUGUAGCAAUUCAAGUUGCCCAAAAAUGUGCAGGUUUGCCUCUUAGUGUCGUUACGGUAGCACGUGCAAUGAAAAAUAAGAGGGAUGUCCAAUCUUGGAAAGAUGCAUUAAGAAAGUUACAAUGUAAUAAUCACACAGGGAUUGACGCGUUAACUUAUUCCGCUUUGGAAUUGAGUUACAACACACUAGAGAGUGAUGAAAUUAAGGCUCUAUUCUUGCUUUUUGCAUUACUUCGAGGCGGUCAUGUAGAGUAUUCUAUGAAAGUUGCAAUUGGUUUGGACAUGUUAAAGAAUGUUAAUACCAUGGAUGAUGCAAGAAACAAACAUUACAGAAUAAUCAAAUCUUUGGAGGAGACUUGUCUUUUGCUUGAAAGAAAAGCAAAUGGAAAUAUCGAAAUGCAUGACUUUGUUCGUGAUUUUGCUAUCUCCAUAGCCCGCAGAGACAAACAUGCAUUUCUAAGGAAAUUCGCUGAUGAGGAAUGGCCAACCAAUGAUUUUUUAAACCGGUGCACGCAGAUCGUUCUAUAUAGGUGUCAUCAUUUGCACGAGCUUCCUCAAAUGAUUGAUUGUCCAAGCAUUAAGUUUUUCUAUUUGAACAGCAAUAAUCGAUCUUUAGAAAUCUUGGAUGCAUUUUUUGAGGGUAUGAAAAGCCUUACAGUGCUAGAUUUAACAUCUCUGAACUUGCCUUCGUUACCUACUUCGUUUCGGUUCCUAACCAACCUUAAAUCGUUGUGUUUAGAUUUAUGUGUUUUGGAAAAUAUGGAUGCCAUAGAAGCUUUGCAAAAUUUAGAAAUUCUUAGCCUCUGUGAAUCUUCAAUGAUUGAUCUGCCAAGCGAAAUAGGGAGAUUGACUCAAUUGAGAAUGCUUGAUUUGAGUCAUUCAGGAAUAGAAGUAGUCCCGCCCAAUAUCAUAUCAAACUUGACUAAAUUGGAGGAGUUGUACAUGGGCAAUACCUCUAUUAAUUGGAAAGAUGUGAAUUCUACAGAUGUAAAUGCUAGCAUUGCCGAGCUUCGAAAACUACCCAACUUGACAGCUCUAGAAUUACAAAUUCGCGAGACUUGGAUGUUGCCAAGGGACUUGCAAUUGGUGUUUGAGAAGUUGAGAAAAUACAAAAUAGCUAUUGGAGAUAAAUGGGAAUGGUCUGACAUUGAGGACGGAACCUUAAAAACAUUGAUGCUCAAACUUGGUGCCAAUAUACAUUUGGAGCACGGAAUUAAAACAUUGAUUAGAAGUGUUGAGAAUUUGUACUUGGAUGACGUAGAUGGAAUUCAAAAUGUGCUUUUUCAACUAAGUGGGGAAGGAUUUCCAUUGCUAAGACAUCUCCACGUCCAAAAUAAUGCAAACAUAAUGCACAUUGUUGACUCAAAAGAGAGGAAUCAAAUCCAUGUGUCAUUUCCCAUCUUGGAAACACUAGUACUUGAUAAUCUUAAGAACUUAGAGCAUAUAUGUCAUGGUCCACUUUCAAUUUCUUCUUUUGGAAGUCUUGGUGUUAUCAAAGUAAAAAAUUGCAUCCAGUUAAAAUAUCUUCUUUCCUUUACAAUGGUAAAAGAACUUUCCCAUCUUUCUAAGAUUGAAGUUUGCCAGUGCAAUUCUAUGAAGGAGAUAGUGCUCGAAGACAACAAUUCAAGUUCAAAUAAUGAUAGAGCUAAUGAAAAAAUUGAGUUUCUUCAGUUGCGUUCUUUGACUUUAGAACAUUUGGAGACACUUGAUAAUUUCUUCUCUAAUUAUUUGACACACUCCACAAGUAUUCAAAAGUAUCAAGGUUUAGAACCAUAUGUUUCUCCUCCAUUUUUCAAUGCUCAGGUUGCAUUUUGUAAUUUGGACACCCUUGAAUUGAGGUCACUUAAUUUGAGUAAAAUUUGGGAUGACAAUCAUUAUUCUAUGUACAACUUGACUAGCUUGAUUUUGGAGAAUUGUGGCGGGUUGAAGUACUUGUUUUCUUCUACUGUGGUUGGAAGUUUUAAGAACCUCAAACACCUUGAAAUACGCAACUGUCCUUUGAUGGAGGAGAUAAUAGUUAAAGAAGAGAGAAACAAUGCAUUGAAUAAGGUUCCUUUUUUCAAGUUAGAGAAAAUAAUAUUGAAGGACAUGGACAACUUGAAGACAAUAUGGCACCACCAGUUUCAGUCAUUGAAGUCCUUGGAAAUCAACAAUUGUGAGAAAAUUGUGAUAGUUUUUCCUUCUUCAAUUCAAAAAACUUAUAAUAAGCUAGAGAUGUUAGAAGUUACAAAUUGUGCUUUGGUGGAAGAGAUAUUUGAAUUGACUAUCAGCUGUGUAGAGGAUACAACACAUUUGAAGGAAGUUACUAUAGAUGGAUUGCCGAAGUUGAAAAAGAUAUGGAGCGGAGAUCCUCAAGGAAUUCUUAGUUUUCAAAAUCUAAAAUAUAUUCAUCUAAAGGGUUGUGAAAGUUUGGAGUAUCUAUUACCACAUUCUGUAGCCACUCGUUGUUCACAUCUCGAAGAAGUUACGAUAAACGAUUGUGCAAGCAUGAGUGAAAUUGUUGCAGAGGAGAAAGAAUCUAGAUUGUGUGCUGCUCCCAUAUUUGAGUUUAGUCAAUUGGUUACUCUAGUGCUUUGGAACUCAUGCAGACUCAAGGGUUUUUAUGCUGGAAAGCAUACUUUAUCAUGUCCAUCUUUGAAGAAAAUCGAUGUUUCGAAAUGUUCAUCUUUGAAUUUGUUUAGAACUCUUUCAACAAGCAGCUCUAUAAGUAGUUUUCAAUAUGACAAACUCUCAGUCAUAACUCAACAGCCACCUUUCAUUGCUGAAGAGGUGAUUCCAAACUUGGAGGAGUUGAGGAUAGGACAAAAGGAUGCUGUCAUGAUAUUGCAAGCCCAACACUCAACUGCCCUCUUUACCAAACUGUCAUUUCUUGGUUUGGGGAUGUAUAACAAUGAAGAGGCUAUAUUUCCUUAUUGGUUUCUUAUCAAUGUGCAUACUCUUGAGUGGUUAGUUAUUGAGUUGAGUUGCUUCAAGAAGAUAUUUCCAGAUGAAAGACAAAUAAUUGAGAAGACUAGUGCACGAAUCAAAAAGCUGACAUUGAGUUUAUUACAUAAACUUGAACAUAUAUGUGACGAAGGAUCUCAAAUUGACCCAGUUCUUGAGUUCCUUGAAUGCUUAUGGGUUUUUGGCUGUUCUUGUCUGACAAAUCUGUUGCCUUCCUCUGCCACCCUCAAUCAUCUGGAUUAUCUAGAGAUAACAUGUUGCGAUGGGCUAAAAAGUUUAAUUACAACUUCUACAGCCCAAAGUUUGGUCAAACUCACAACACUUAAGGUAAAAGACUGUAAAUCACUUGAAGAAGUAAUUACCGGAGUAGAUAAUGUUGACAUUGUAUUUAUUAGUUUGGAAGUUUUGAUGUUGGAAUGUUUGCCAAGCUUCAAGAAAUUUUGCUCUAGUAAGUGCUUCUUGAAGUUUCCAUUGUUGAAGGAAGUAAUUGUGAGAGAAUGUCCUUACAUGAAGGUAUUUUCAGAGGGAAACACAAGUACACCAAAUCUUCGAAAAAUUAAAAUUGCAGACAAUAAAGAAGAAUGGUUUUGGAAGGGAAACCUUAAUGAUACAAUAAACAAAAUGUUUGAAGAUAAGGUUGCAUUUUCUAAAUUCAAAUAUUUAGCCUUAUCCGACCACCCUGAGUUAAAGGAUUUGUGGUAUGGUCAAGUUGAUCAUCAGAAUGUAUUUGGCAAUCUGAAACAUCUAGUGGUGCAAAGAUGUGAUUUCUUAUCACAUGUACUUUUUCCUUCAAAUGUUGUUCAUGUGCUACAUGGAUUGGAGAAACUAGAGGUAAACGACUGUGAUUCAUUAGAAGUCAUAUUUGAUGUGAAAGGAAUGAAGUCUAAUGAAUUAAUAUUGAUAAAACAAUACAGUCAAUUGAAAACAUUGACUUUGUCCUGCUUACCAAACUUAAAGCACAUAUGGAACGAGGAUCCUCACGAAAUUAUGAACUUUGGAAACCUAUGCUCGGUGGUUAUUUCUUCGUGCCAAAGAUUGUUAUAUAUCUUUUCAUUGUUACUAUGCCAAGAUCUUGGAAAUCUUGAAAUGCUUAAGAUACGGUCUUGCGGAGUCGAGGAUAUUGUUGCAAUGAAAGAAGGAUCAAUGGAAAUCAGUUUUAAUUUUCCCCAACUAAAUACACUGGCACUUCAUUGUUUGUCAAAUCUAAAGAGUUUCUAUCAAGGAAAACAUACUUUAGAGUGCCCUUCACUGAAGACUUUGAAUGUAUAUCGUUGUGAAACAUUAAGAAUGUUUUCCUUCAACAAUUUAGACUUGCAACAACCUGAUGAAAAUUCUCAACAAGCUAUUUUUUCUAUGGAAAAGCUAAGCACAAACUUGGAGGAUUUGUCAAUAAAUGCAAAGGAUGCCUUUAGAAUGUUGAAUGAUUACUGUCAAGAAAAUAUCUUUCCUAAAAUACAACAUCUUCGUUUGCAAUGUUUCGAUGAAACUCCAGCUAUUUUUCUCAAUGAUUUCCAUGCAACAUUUCCUAAUCUAAAAACUCUUACACUGUGGAAUUGUUCCUUUAAAAUAUCAUUCCCUUCAAAAGGAACUCCUCACAAUCUCAAUGACAAACUUUCUAAGCAAAUAAAAGUGUUGUGGCUUUAUGAAAUGGAAAAGAUCAGGUAUAUUUGGCAUGAAGAAUUUUCGUUGGAUCUUGAAGGUUUAUGUGUACAUAGCUGUCCAAGUUUGAUAAGCUUGGUACCAUCGUCAACAUCUUUCACAAAUAUAAUCUAUUUGAUUGUGGAUGAUUGCAAAGAGCUGAUUUACUUGAUAACAUCUUCAACAGCGAAAAGCUUAGUUCAGCUUACAGAAUUAAAAAUAACGAAUUGUAAGAAGGUUUUGGAUGUUGUGAAGAUUGAUGAUGUAAAAACAGAGGAAGACAUCAUAUUUAAAAAGUUGAAAAAUUUGGUAUUAACUUCUCUGUUAAGUUUAAGAAGCUUCUCCAAUGGGAAACAGCCAUUCAUAUUCCCAUCUUUGGUGCUUAUCUCUGUUGAAGGAUGUCCUCAAAUGAAGAAUUUCUCAUUAGGAGUUACAGAAGCACCACACCUAACAGGAAUUGAAGUUGAAGACAAAAAUAUACGAUGGAAAGGUGAUCUUAACACAACUAUUGAACAAUUGUUCAUAGAAAAGGAAGCCCCCCAUUGUAAUAGGACCAUCAUAUCAUCAUAUUUGCAAGAUGAUGAGAUUGCAUGCGAAGAUGAUGUUCAGGUCGCAUGCGAAGAUGGUAUCAAUGCAGAUGCUAAGGAGUGAUCGACAAAGCUGUAACAGCGUAGUAUAUUUUCGGGGUGUGAAUUACAAUGCUCACACUAUCUUUAAUGGCAAGAAAUACAGAUCCAUAUUUUUUCAGACUAUCUUCAACUUUGAUCACAUCAUUCUCUACUAUCUCUUUGGUCAUCCCUAACUAUGGAAAUACUUUACUUGCCGCAUCUCGUAUGAGAUUUUUGUUAUUUAUUUAUCAUAGUUUUAUUUUAUGAAAAAAAGAGUUUAGUUAAUAUAAAAUAGUCUAAUUUUAUACUCCAUUCUUCCCAUUUCUUAUAUUUUUAUUGCUUUUGCAAUUUUAAAAUAGCUUUACAUAUAUUCAUGUAAACUGGUUAGAAAAAUGGGUCUUCAAUGUAUCUGUUGUUAUGCCAUUUGUAAAGAAUAACAAAAAAAAAUUGUUUUUACUGUUGAGUCAGAUUUUACAACUCAAAUUUAUGUUUUGAACAAAUGUUUUUCAUCUUUGUUAUUCUCAAGGUUAUACUCCAUGAUAGUAGAGAAUGGUUUAACAAAGGUUUUUGAUAGUUUGAGAACUGUCUCAAAUUUUUUUGAGAGGCUCUAUGUAAAAAAAGUUGAAGUUAUCUUCACUUAAGUAGUGCAUUUUUUGAGAGACUAUAUUUAACCUUAAAUAAAUUAAAUGUGGUAUAUGUGAACGAAGAUCCUCUUUACCAUAGGUUAACAA